AUGAAGGUAACCUUUGGGAGUCUGGUGGUCGCAGCAGGAGUCUGUGGGUUACUCAGCUUCGCCUUUUUGGCGACUGCCCUCGGAACCGAGUACUGGUACAUUAUUAUUGAGAUCAGUCCUUUAAACGCAAGCGAGGACCUGAGCUCAAAUUCAGGGCUGUGGAGCAUCAGUGAAGGUGGGAGGAUGCUGGUAGACUCGAAUGACUCCUUCACAGCUGACUACUCCAAGUACUCUGAGACUGAGCUGAUACUGCAUAGUGCCAUAGUGGUGCUCCUCCCCCUCAGCCUGGUCCUGCUGCUGUUUGGAGGUAUCUGUGGCCUGGUCAGCUCCCUGGCCCGGAGCCCUGUGCUCCUCACCAGAACGGCUGCAUACUUCUUCAUCUGCAGUCUGCUGACGCUGUGUGGGGUGACCCUCUACAUCAUCUACUCUCACCUGGCCCUGGCAAUGACGAAGUGGCUGGUAGGGCCAGAGGGUCUAUCCUACAUUCACACCUCCUUCGGCUGGUCUCUGGGUCUGGCCUGGCUCUCCUACGGCCUGGAAAUGAUCACCGGCGUGCUGCUUCUCAUAGCCGCUCGGAUGGCCAAGCUGAAGCACAGCAGUCCAACCGUGGCCUGAUACAAACCUCCACGGAGGAUUCGACACUUUCAGGAGGAGGAUUGAACUGUUGGCUGUAUGUAGCUCAGAGAUUAGAGAGCAUCAUU